AUGGUUAUGGACUUUGUGGACUCCAUCCCACCUGUCGCCUUCACACUGACGUCGGCGGUACCGCUGGCUGGAAACAGAGGUGGGAAGAUCAGCGGCGUAAGCUGCGGCUUGCGCGGCUUGCGCCGCAGAGUGAACCACGCAUCCACACAAGGCGCAGCAGCUGCUUCGAAGUGUCGGAAGCGUCGCCGCGAGAGGUGCCAGAUGUCAGGCGAUGCCAUCGAUGCCGUAGACCACGGUGAAGACAUUGAGGUGGAGUGCCUCUUCUAUGCCAUCACCCGAAGAUCCAACAGCGACUACGAGCGCGUUGCUGUGGUGCUGGGCCCACAGGAUGUCCGGCUGAUGUUUAUCGACUGGAGCGCGCCGCAAAAUCCCUGCAGCUGGCGUGAGCCCGCCUUGCCGUUGCAAGAACCUGUGCGGGUGGAAUGUUUGUCCUAUGUCUUCACUUGGCCCGACCUUUGCCUUCGCAGGUCCAAAGUGCGGCUUCCGGACCUUCCGAACAUGGAGCCCUUGGAGUUUCAAGAUAGAGGAGCUUUUGCUCAAUCCAUGUAUUCCCCCGGAGCGGGGCCAUGGUUGGAUGAUUAUGUGGAUGUCUUCGCGGCCGUAUGCCUCAUGGCCGAAGAUGGGGAGCCCGUGGCCGGCCGUCCGGGUGCUUAG